UAUUAGUGCUUUGAUGUUUACGAUUGAACAACUAAUGAUUAAGUUCAGUAGAAAAUUGGGAUUCCAUGAACCGGUUUCCGAGCAACUGCACUGUGUACAUGGUGGUAUAUACUGAGAUCGUGGUGAAAUAAAUUGUAAGGAUUUCUCCACGGGCAAUGAAGCAAGAAAACAUGGGCUAAAAUGAAACACAUUUUUGGUCGCAGACAUCAUGGUUGCCAUCCGGAGAGUAAAGCGCUUAAUCCAGUUUUCAAUUCUUGCUGCUGUUGUUGCCACGCUGCUUUUGAUUCUUCAAUGGAGAGAAAUAUCGGAUUCAGAAAAGUUCGAUUUGAAGAGGAGAGGUAAGUAAUUAAAAAUGUAAUGUUUAACACGCGUGACCAACUUCACAUCAGUCUUUUAAUGCUGUCAAUUGUUUUGAAUUUACUCCAUGGGUAAUCACCGUGAAAAUCUCCGAGUUAACGUGAGUACACAUCGUCUCUCACAUCUAGGACAACUCUUUGAUGGUGCGAAAGAAAAUGACAAUUUUGGAAGCUUUUUCGCCAAGGUCGAGCGGGAAUUUCAAGUGAGUGAAGUACUGAUGCUAAACAGUGAUACAGUGUACUGCCUUUCUCAUAAUCUUAUAUUGUGCUGUGAAGUGCGCUUGAUAAGUCCUUUCUCAUGUUUAGUGUCCGUUUUCGUGCACUUAAACUUACAUUUUUGCAACAGGAAGUGAGUAAGCUCGUCAAUUUGAGUCUGACAGAUACGUGCUCCGCAUCCUUUUACGAAACUGUCGACAUUCGAUUUCAAAGUCAUGCAAAACAUAUUUCUUUCACCAAAAAGAAGAGCUUAUGGGCGCGAUCCAUUCAACCAAAAUUCAGACCGGUCCGACCGGGAAAAGUGGACCACCUCAAAAGGUGGACCAGUUUUUUCGAAACUUUUCCGGUUGGACCGAACCGAUCCAUUGAGUUUUGGACCGAAAUUUCCGGAAAUUUUGGUCGAAUGGAUCGCGCCCUAUAAUAUAGAUCUUGUCUAUUUUCAAUACUGCUUUUUUCGCCAACACUUCAACUCUAAAAAUUAAAGGAGGAACAUUUUUCCCGAUAUAUUUGAGAUAUAUUAACAUUAAAUCGUGACUCCUCAGGUAGUAUUUAGUUUUUUCAUUCGCAUGAAGUUUCACUCUAGUUAAGGUAUUUUGAAGUAUUAACCUUGGUAUAUGAGGAAUAAGUAUAUGAUCUACACGAUUCAGGGUUUAGUAGAGACCAGGGCGAUAAAAUAAAAGACUUUAUAGUGAGGACGUUUAAAUAUAUCGCGAGUAUGUAGUCGGGAAUCAAGGUUAUUUCCUAGAAUGAUAUUGACUUUGUUGUCGGUAUUGUGCGACCCAUUUCCGGUCCUUUUGAUAUGGUCGUUAUGACUAAUAUAAUAGAAAAUUGAUUAGACUUUUUAAUACCACUGCUACAGAAUGCAAAUUACUGCUAAUCACUUCUUUCCAUUAACAUUUACUGAAAAAUAUUUUCCCAAAGUUUUUGGGUUAUACGAAGCUGAAAGAUCAUUUAAAUCCUAGCCUGCGUAGCUGGCGGUAUUGUGUAGUAGUCGAGUGAGAUUUGGCGGCGGAGCCGUUGUAAUAUAGUCGAGUGAGAUUUGACGGCGGAGCCGUCACGAGCGGCGAAGCCGCGAGAAAUACCUCGUCCCUACUGCUUUUUUUUGGAACACGGCUCCGCCGCCAAAACUUUAAUCUCGCACCCACACAAUACCGCCAGCCACGCAGGCUAUUUAAAUCCAAGAUAAAGACAGAUAAGCUGUGGGAUUUGUCUAUUUUCUAUCUUUGCAAAGUACUCUCACCUGUACAAGUAAAAUUGCUUUUUGUCGUUUGGUAGGCAGAUUAUGCACAUAUAAAAUGGUUAAAUUUAAUUUAGACAGACAGGUACAGAGUCACUUACAUAAAUUAUUUUGCAGAAUUAUAUUAACUUUCUGAUCUUAAACUACCAUAUAUAGCUUUUUAAGCAUUUUUGAUUUUACAGUUUUUUGCAAUUUACCGAAAUAAUUUAUUUUGUGAAAAAAAUGAAAUAAUCAGCUUGUCACGAGCAUGGGACAAAGAAAAAAUCUGAGAAAAAAUCUGAGUCCCUGACACUCUAAAAAUGAUAUUAAGAAGAUUUCUUAUUCUAUAAAAAAGAAUUGAAAAACAAAUCUGAGGUUAAUAUUUUUCUCCUAAAUUAAAAGUCUUUAAUAAAAUAAAUAAGAAAUGAUUUAAAGCAAAAGCGACUCAAUUUCAUUUCAAUUUAAAAAUUAACAUUGUGGGUAAAGUUUAUAUUCAAGGUGAUUUUAUGAAUAAAUGCAAACUCUGCCUCUGCUUUUAGAAUUAUGAUCUCUGGAGAUAAACAGUACUGUAUCCAGUGCUAGUUACCAUCUCCUUUAUUCCUUUAAGCCUUAAGAGUGAUCAGCAUCAAAUUUCUCCUUGUAAUAUCAAUUUUUUGAAAAACAGAGUGGUCAUGAGAAUUAUGGACAUGAUCACACAAGCUGAAUUUACUUGAUAUUUUAUCAACUUCUCCCUACUACAUCUGUAGGAAAUGAAUAGGGGCAACAAUGUGAAUUCAAAUUUUGAUCUUAGGGUUUCAAGGGUUAAUUAAGUCACAUUGCUAACACAUCAAUAACAGAUAAUGGUUUUUGAAGAUUAUUUAGCAUGAAAUUGAAUUCACCAGUAUCAAAAUUUCCAAGCAUGCUAAACGUAGUCAAUUUCAUGGUGGAAAACUGACUAAACUCUUUCUUUACAGAAACAAUUCAACCAUCUAGUUGGAAGUAAAAAUGCUGCUGAUGACAAAGAUGACUGGAAAAGAGCAUUUAACAAGAAAGCUAAACACCAGGCAGAGAUUAACAACAAUUACUACAGUAUGUUACUGAAUGAUUGAGUUUAAGAAAAAAGUAAUAGGCAAUUUUGCUAUUUAUGCUACUUGAAUCUUUGUUUAAUUGGAUAAAAAACUCACCAACAUAAAGAAAUCAUGUUGUUAAUGUAUGCAGGGGGUUUGCUUGUAAAUAUGACAUUUGCCUCUCUUCAAAGAUAUCCAUCAUCUUCUUCACUGACCUGUAAGGGUGGGCGAGGGGCACUCCCUUAUUUUUGUCCAAAAGAGUACAUGUAUGUGGCACUGUAAAGGAUGUGGUUUUAGGGAUCUUGAAUCACCACAGGGUGUACAAUUUGACUCUUCGGUGUCUUGAAUGGGGUGUCCACUUGUGUGGUACCAACACAUUUUUUUAAAAAAUUUAGUUACAUGGGUGUACUUGGUGGGACUCAGGGAACCACACCCCCUUUUUCUGUGAUAUGUUUUCCCCCUCGCUGAAUUUUCUGGAUCUGCCCAUGAAUUAUGUGGUGUGGCAGUUUAUUCUUCAACUCUUCAUCCUGUGAGAAAUGAAUUAAGGUCAUGAAAAAAGGUCUCUUGUCUUAAACAGGCUAGCAAAAUGGUUUCCCUGUUAAGAGGGCAAUGUUCAAAGGCCUUGGCAGCACCUACCCAAACAUGCUCCUAGGAAGGCCUCCAAAAGAGUGUUUCAGCAUUUACAUCCUAAUAAAAAUGUUCACUUAAUCCCACAACCCCAGCAGUAACAGUUUUUAUCAUCUAAUUCUGAUCCCAAGUAUACCGGUAUAUUUUUUAAAUUGCUUUCCAUAUGGUCCAGUGUCCCUUGUCGGUAGACCCCUUGCCAGAUAGUCGAACACAAAAGUGUGGUUAUCAUCUUGAUGCCAAAAUGUAAUUAUUGAGGCCAUAAUGAAGGCAUCUUGCUCACAAAAUGUUCCCAGCAACAGGGAGCAAUUAAGGGAAAUUGUAUUUAGCACACUAUGACCCUUCAGGUCACUCUUUAGAAAGGUGUUGCCAGCCUUUGAGUUUUCUGAACACUUGUUUAUAAGUCCUCCUUUAUAUUUAGGAACUCAUUUUCAUUCAUUUGGUGCUCAUUCACAGAAAAGAGGAAGACAGCCAAUGGAACAAAGAUGAAUCAUGUUGAAAACAGACAGCUCAAGCAAGUGUUCAAUGAAAGCCAAACACCUAACACUACCACCAGUGCUAGAACAAGAACCAAUGCUAGCAUAGAUGUACCUUCAACUUUAUCAAAUGCAUCUAAAGGUCUGGACAAGAGCAAGCCAUUGCAGAAAAAUUCAGGGCCAAAACAUGCUGAUCAUCUUAUACAUGCUUCUCCUACAUGGAAGACCUUUACAUGGACAAAGAAAGUGAGUUGAUUAGAGCUGUCUUAGUCUGUUUGGCAGUUGUAAAGGGUUGGAGUAACCUUUGUAAGUAGGUGCCUGUUAUUUUUAAAACCCAGGGCCGUUACAAAGACGGUCGUAACCUUUUUUUUCCUUCCCCUUACUUUUCUUCCCCUUCCUCACCCACUACCCACUACCUUUGCCUCAUAAAGUGUAUAAAUGCAUAUUUUCCGAGAAUUUUGGGGAAAUUUUUACAUUUUUCGAAAGGAAAAGAAAAAUGUUGUUGGCUCUUAAUCCACUUUAUCUUUUAGGGGGCCAAAAAUAAUAUUAUGUCAUCAGUGGGAGCAGGGAGGGAUAUUAAUAUAUGAAUAUUUUAUUAGAAUUUGUGUCGGCCCUUUUACUAUUUUUUUAAGGGGACAAAUAACAAUUAAAGUAUGUCCUCAAUGGGGGGGGAUGGAGGAUGGAGGGGUUAUUAACUGCAAAUGGACUUUGGUUUGAAAAUUCCUUUCACAUAAUGUUUUAUUUGUUACUCCACUCUAAAGGUUCUUAUUGGGACAAGGUAAGAGUAAGGGUUGAGUAGACUGAAAAGGGGGAAUGUUCAUGUGGGCAUUUUUCUCUUUUCUAAUCCAGUACAAAUCCAGAAUUUGUAUUGGAUUCCAUUUUCUUAUUUCUUGUCUUUUGGUGAAAGCUCAAAAGGGAUGUCAAGAUGAUGUUGCUGUUUUAGGUAAAUUUUGUGCUGAAGUCAUUACCUCAAAUUGCCUUUAUAUAAGACCCAUAAAAAAUGCUCUUGUAGAGUUAUGAAGAAGUUAUCAAACACAUUUCAUCAGGGAGCACCAACCAAGAUAAUCUCUGGGUGAUUUUUACAGCAUUUAAACUUGAAAAAAUGGGCCAACUUUUCAUCCUCUCCAUCCUUUGAAACAGACGGCUGGAAACAGUUUCAUUGCCUAAAUAUUGUCUUAAAUAACAACAAGUUUUGGCUUUUUAAUCAAAAAACCUAAAAAUCGCCUCUAAUCGAUUUUUAUCAUAAGAUUUGGCUUAAUAGCCAGAUUUGGUAAGGUUGUUUUUCGCUGAAAAGUGGUUUUUCUAAAAAAAACACCAGGAACUUUGCUUAACUCAUUCUUCUCCGGGAGUCACUGUACAUGUCUGGCUAUAACGAGCUUUUAAAACUUACCCAAAAGCUGUUUACAGGUCGCACACUUUGCGGCCUUCCGAUCCAGAUGCAAAAUAAUUAUCAGCUUGCGAAGUUCAGGCAUGCGCAGAAAGCAAAAUAUCGAGAUUUUCGACUAGUUGACAGGUGAACGCUAGUUUCCAUAUCUCAAACCGCGACACAGCACUGCAGUCUUGACUUUUUCUUGUCGCUUUUUCUCCUCCCCUAUUCUUUCGCUUUUCUUACCUCUUUUUUUCUUUAGCUCGGCAUUUAGUAGGCUUCACUUUGGUGGGAAAAGCUUUUUAAUAGGAUCUUAGGAUUAGAGAAAGGUAGGUGGGUAGUGAAACAAGAUUUCAAAGAAAUUUUCGGGUCAAUGUUACAUGUUUUUUUUUGCAAUUUUCUUCGUUCUUCUGGACUGAAUCGUGCUCAUUCUGAUAUGGAUGAAAAGAUCUCUUCACCCUGUUCAAGUCAGCGGACAAAGUUAUCCUUGAUCGUUAAAACUGAUGACGUCACAAGUGGUAGAGGGGGGGGGGCGGGGCGGUGGAUCCGCACGGGUGGUUAUGGGUGGUUUAAGGGCGAAUGGGUUUAAAAGAUAGCAAAGAGCAUGACAUAGCUCCUUUGAUUAUUUUCCUGUCAACUCUACAAGUGAUGUAACUAUAAAUAUUUGAUCCUUUUGUUGUAGAUGUUGGGAUCUCUCAAUGUGCAUAUAUGGCAGGCCUGGUGUGGUAGCACUAUUCACGACCUCCGAAGAAACAAGUUCUUUCCCUUGUACCCAGAUGUUCAGCUUACUGUUAAAAAGUUUUUUAUUCGUCACUGGGAAAAGGACUACGGACAGCGAAUAUUUGGCUACAUUCAUCCUCCUCAGUCCGGUAAUUUUGAUAUGUCAGUAAGCUUAACGUUGCUUUAUUUUUAUCUCCUGAAAUUUCACACCGAAGUUAUUUGCGCGAAGGUUUUUCACCCCAGCAACAAACUACACAGUAAGAAAAAACUAAGUUUAUGACUAAGAACAACAAUUAAGAAAAUCUUACCUGUACUCGAUUCGAUCUGCCUUUUUAUCCAACUUUUAUUCAGGUCCACAACUGCCCUUUUUUAUUUCUCUGACCCUCUUUUUUUCUUUGAUGUAAGUUGUUCUGCGACGAACUGCGAAUACGACACCGAGUAACAUUUUUGCGCCUUUUUCGGGCAUACCCAUGGAAGGGUUCGAAAGGAUCCGAAACCCCACCCCCUCCCUAAGGUAACCUGCGAGCAAACUCCCCUGGGGGUACUAUUAAGUAUUUAAAGGAACUCUCCCGAGUGAUAAAUUUAAGUCGAGUUUAACCCCCUCCCCCCACACCCCAUUACAAAGGUGUUGGGUUUACUCCUGAAAACCUCUCCAGACCCCUAAAUUGGACGUUUGAAAUGUGAAAGUCUUAUCUUUUUUUUUACCUAACUAUGUAGACAGAAUACGAGCCUGUAUUUGAGCUGCAGACAGCCUUUUGACGGCGACAUCGCAUUCUAGUGGCAGUAGUUCAAUUUCUUUGUGAUCAUUUUGUAGGCAAUUACAGCUUUGCUAUUUCUUCAGACGAUAGUUCAGAACUUUGGUUGAGCUCGGACGAGAAUCCCUCCAACGUUAAACUCAUAGCUUGGGUUGGGGACCGUACUCUUCUCCAUGGAACUUUUCAAACUAAAAUAGCACAGUUCACAAAGUACAAGACUCAAAUGUCUCGUCCUGUGUUUCUUCAAAAAGGCCAGAAAUAUUUUAUCGAAGUAUUGCACAAACAGGGAAGCCUUCAAGAUCAUGUGCUUGUUGGCUGGAAAAUUCCCGGCAAGAGCCAUUAUAGGCAUCUUUCUGGAAAGUCGAUAUCAUUGUUUAUUGACGAUGAAAGAGCUUCUAAAGACGUUACGGUUUAUGCACAAUUUAUACCGCAAGAUCUUCCCAGUCAUUCACAUUACAGAACUUCAAGGCUUGAUCCUAAUGUUUUCCAAUUUGGAUCUGACGAUUUGCGUGACAAGGCUCACACUGCAGAAUUCGUGGAUGAGCGUGACAUAGAAAAGUUAUUUCCGAGUUGUCCCUAUAAACCCAGCUAUCAAGUGGACUUCAAAUUGAAGCGUUACGAAGGCGUAUAUCUUGUACAUGAUACUGCGAUUUAUCCCGAUGAUCAUACCGACCUUACCCACAUGAAGCAGUAUGACAACUGCGCAUCAUCAAGAUUAAAGGAUUCCCAUGGCAACAGACUCCCUUCACUGGACGUGAAAGAGCGAGAUCAAAGUCUGUACGAAAAUGGCAGUAUAAUGGUGUUUCGGACUGAAAAUGGCUUGGUACCCCUUUCUUUCGCUAAAGGUGCGGCCGAAAUACAGCAAGCCGAAGAAGAAUUACGUGAAAUGCAAAUGGACAUAAGAGACAUAAAGAGACGGAGUCAAGAGGUUGGAGAUGCGCCACCUCGGCCCGUUAAAACGGUGGUACAUUCUAAUGCCGCAUCGGAUUCUGUAUUAGAAAAAGACGUUGAGAAAGUUUUUGAGAUGAAGAAAAAAGCGAAAAGGAAAACUGUGGAGAAAAGAAGCGCGUCGCUGCGCAAUCAGAAAAGUAGCUAUAAUUUCAACAGAGAUAAUAAAAUAACUAAGGAAAAAUUUCAAGGUUCACAGGUUAGAUUAAAGGAAGACAACGCAGGUGGCGGCAACAGACAUACACGUGAUAGAUCACGUGACAAAGACUCCCCCGAUUCUGUAAGAGACCCUUCAAAUGGAGUUAUUGUGACUUCACAAGUUGGAACUCGACGAAAGCUGCUAAGUUACAAUACAGAAAGAGACGCGUCCUUAGUGAACAAACAGAACGAUAAGUCAACUGUGCAAAGCAAUUAUUACCUUGGUGAUUAUCAUUCGUACAAUUCACGUGCUCAGAGAUCUCGAGUAAGUAAUGUUACUUACGUGAAAUUUCGACAGCGAACAGGGGGCGUACAAUAUUACCCGGUGGACAAGGAAGACGAUCAGUUUACACGGAUAAACGCGGCGAGAGAGUUUAUACGCAGGAUGGCCGAGGCGGUGCAACUGUAUAACCAGCACAUUAACUCGCGUACCCUUGCAGAGGCAGUGUACAGGAGAUUUGGACUUAAGAUGAAGAUACCUAACUUAUAUAGAGUCCCUGAUUAUAACGCUUGGAUUUUCCAUCAAAACAGCACAAAAUGCGCAAGCGAUGGAAAUCUCUUGUUGAAUAAUGACGUAAGUAUGUUUGGCUUAGUUAUGAAUUAGGAAAGUGAGGGUCAUUAUACAUUUUUUUUGUUCCUUAUGUAGUUUGGUGUUCCGCCAAACUGCUUUAAGUGACUGCUACUGGGACAAGUGUAGGCCACAUUUCCCACACCUCUUUACCAGAACCAUCCCAUAGCUUUCCCAUAGUGUAAUUCGAGACAAAACCGUCCCAGUCUCUCACGCAACUCAAACAGCUAAACCCAAGUUUGGUUCAGCUGGGUAGGAUUGCUGCUUUGGGUGAACACCAAACAACGGUACUACCCCGCUGUCGUCUCGCAUGCUCAGUAGCUUUACUAUAGUGGCCACACUUAUAAGAUUACAUCCACAGUGUCAUCUACAGAGCAUUUUUUCGCUGUGUGUCCCUCCCCCACCUUGGCCUCGAUUAGUUUUCUACUUGGGGGUGGACAAAUUAUUGUAAUUAUUAACUGGGUGCUUGAGUAAAGUUUUGUCGUUGUUGCUGUUAUUCCUCGAAAAUUAAGUUCACUUUGUACGAUGUACAUCAGGCCGCCUCGUUCCCAGGAUCCUUCUCCUCCAGAGCGAGAGAGACGAGUUCGAGAGGACCCUGGGAACCAGGUUGGUGCAUUAGGAAGGCACUUUUAAAAUCGUUUGUUCCGAGACCGUGGUUUGUCCGUUCUCGGAGUGAAAGAGUUAAGGAAGAGUGGCCUAUUUUAAUUUUUUGUCGCUGAAACUCUGAUUAAGGUUGCUAUCAAGCUGAUAUUAUUUUUUGUAUUAUGCAGGUUGCUGUCAGUGUUGUCAAUAAAUACGUACGCGCCUUGAGAAAAGCUACCGACAGGUACAAAAUCCAUCUUGAUUGAUAAAGCCCUUUCCUUAAAGGGGCUAUGUCACCAUCAUUUUACAUUGUGUAACAGCUAAAACUUUUUUCGCUUCUGAAUCCAUAAUAGGUCCUGUGAAAAAUUCUUUCUUAAAUUAUAGUCGAUAUUCCGAUCUAUACAAAAGAAGAGUUUAUCGAAGCAGUUAAUAUAUGAUAUUGGUUUCCCGUUAAUUAAAUUAAAUGAAAAAAACAACAUCUCUUAAAAAUUUCCUAUCAGAUAAUGAUUCAAUAUUCAACUUAGAUAAUCUAGUUUCGUUUGCGUCAUCACGUUUUAAUAUUCACCUUGUUGCCCUGCUCUGAACAGCCUCUAAUUUACCAGUGUUACGCUUUGUGUGAGGAUUCCACACAAUGUUGUUAUUUAAGACUAUAUUUAAGUUGAAACUGUUUCCUGUCGUCUGUUGCUACGGAUGGCAAGGAUGCAUGGACAUGGAUUGGAAAUUGAAAAAAUUGGGCAUAUAUUUUGCUCCGUUGCCGUGUGUCUGUUCAGCAAAAAGUGGCACACGGACCACAGGCGGGUAUGUCACUGAUGUGUGUCACUUCCACCAAUUAAGUGGAACAUAAAAAUAACUUCUCAUUAUACAACUACAUGAGAAAUUUCUGCAAUUUGAUUGGCUUAGUGCAGUGUUAUUUCCGCUUAAUUUGAAAUACCUACAUUUGAAAAUUACAAAACUUUUGUGAGUAGUAGUAUAAACAAAUAAUAGCAUGUUUUGUACGUGAUAUUUGGCAUAAAUACCAGUCAUGAUAUUUCAAAAUUGUCUCAAAUUUCAGUCUCCUAACGGCUCGUGAAAUUACGUAUAACAAUUUCGAAAUAUCACUCGUGGUAUAUAUGCCAAAUGUCACUACAAAUCAUGCUAUUACCUAUACAAACAUGUAAAGAAGGUAUAAAAAAACACAGUAAACACAAAAGGAGGCACGGAUGGGCAAUUUGACGACGAUUUUAAGGGAUUGCAGUUAUGGUUUUUGAAAACUUGUUAGGGCAACACCUUUUGUAACGUUUGAUAAAGUGUUUGGGAGACAUAGUUGUUUGACAGAAAGCUCUGAUUUUGUCAUCUACAUGCAAUUACUGAUUGAAGUAAGGACGCGUAAUUUGCAUUAAAAAUAAGAUGAACUAGACAGCCAUGACACAGUCCUUCCAAGCAAGAGAGAGAACCCUGAGAACGAGGUUGAGCCCCUUCACAUCUCGCAUAAUGCGCCUUAUUUCCCCCCUCCCCCCCCCAAAAAAAAAAAAUUGCAUAAGAAUUUUAUUAAUCGAAGGUGGGCUAUUGUCCCGGCCAACGUUUCGUUGUUUAUAUUUCAGCAAAUAUUCGUUAAAAGAAAUUAUUGAUGUGGAAGAAAAUCAUGAUGUUAUACAAGGUGACAGAUAUCUUAUUGACGUGGUAAGUGAAUAUUGAGAAGUUUAUUUCAGAAAACCUCUUUACCUUGUGUUGUGUGGUUUGUUAGUACUUACUGUAAGAUAUCCUUGUUUUUUAAAGGAACUGAAAAUGGAGGGGAAAAGUAAGUAUCGUCAAUCAUUAGUUUAUAAUAUUUCAUUAGCUUCGUCUUGCCUUUUAUAUGAUACAGAAAAAAAGGAUAAUAAAAAUGUGCAAAAGCAAAAAAUAAUAAAUAUGGAUAAAGCAGGGAUGCAAUAAAAGCGGUAAGCCAAUUAUAGUGCCCCCGUUGCUUAAAAAACAUGUAAAAAAACAUUAAAAGUACAUAAAUCAAUUGGCCAUUUCCGAGUUCCCCCUGGCCUCUGUAUCAAAACGAGGUUAAGUGCUCAGCCUUUGAUAUGGAAAUGAUUGUUUAUUCCCAUGCAAAUAAAACUCAUUUUCACAAGAAAGGUUGUGCACUUGGCGUCAUUUCGAAAGUGAGGGUUACUUGACUCGGAAGUGGCCUCUUAAAAACAACAAUGGAGACGGACAGACACAGAACGUGAAACGUAACAUGACGGACAGACGGUGUUCCAGGAUCGUGGGUCCUCUGGGUGGUAGCUAUGUUCUAAGGCGCGUCCACAUAAUAUUUAUACAGGAUGGAUUUGAAUUGAGUGCUCUGAAGGUUGCAUGAAAGUUAAAGGUUUUGUUGUUAGCAGUUUUAUUUUAUCAGCAGCGUGGCGCGUUUUAACGCUCGCCGUUUUUCUUCCCGCAGAUUCUUCGGUACGUCUGACACAGUUCGUGUACCAGAAGCUGGGGACUACGGAAUUCUGUUUACCCGAGGCAUUUACCUUAGAUCAACACGCCACGGUGCAUAUUAUUAUACCGGGUUAGUACCUUCACCCAUAAGAGUAUUGGGAAAAGUACGCACAACAAUAUCAGCUACCCGCGAAAAGUUUCCUAGGCUCGAUUACCAGCCGCUGUUCGGGAAAAUGAGCCCGCAAGACCGGACCCGGGAGACGGCGGAAAUCGAGCCUAAAAGUUUCCUUAAGGUGGAUUUCCAGUGUCGCCUUAUUUUUAUAUGCGAACGCAUGUUAAUAAAAUAGAGAGAAUGUAUGAAAAGCCGCACGUACACGUAAAAGUUAAGCUAGGCUACGCUUCCGUUACGUCUCUUACGUUCACGCGCAACCUUCCAAACAUUAGGGAGAGUUAGAGACUCGUUUAAGGCAAACGGCAAACGCGAAUUUGUACCUCGAGACCAAUUUUUCCCUUUACUUCUACGCAAAUUUUAGUCUCACGCCAGUUUUGUCAAUAAGGAUUUUUUUAGACAGUUUUUAUCUACCGACUGCUCAUUUUCUAUUUUGCGAAAAUUUCAACUUGAAUCUGACGUUUGCAAGCGCAAGUUUCAGAAGGCAUUGGAGACCUUAAGGUCGACGUUUGUCCACCUUUCCGCAAACGGCAAACCCGUCGCGUUUUUGUGUUAGCGGGUCCACGUCUGCUCAUAUUUGGGACUUGAGAUUCGCGGGUAGUAGCCUGGGGCUGCUUCACUUCACGUCCACAGUUCAAAAUUAUGUUUCUAUGAAAAAGAAUUCGAUAAUUAAUAAGCGAAAUACUUCUAAACGGCAGUAUUUCCUUUCAAAAGUGGGAUUGUGAUGCUUUAGGCGCAAAAACCUUGCGAAUAAACACUUACAUCUAGAGAGUGACCUAGCCGUGUAAUCGUGAACCUCAAACCGCAAACCUGACGGCAAGGUACUAGUCAAGUGACUUCUUGACUUUCGCGAUUCGCGGGAAAUGCCAGAAGGUCUCUAUUAUCGCCUUAGCGACAAAAAAUUAACGAGUAACGAGUUGUUGAUCCUUUCUUCUUAGCCACUGUUUUAAUCGACGCUGUUUUUAUUUAUUACAGUUAAGAACCAAGGGAAGUGGGUACAGCAUUUCAUUAACAACAUGGUGGAGGUAACAGUUCAUACAGCUGCCUAUCUAUGAAGUAUAAUAAAAGCAACUGCGCACUAUGUCGAAUAUCUAAAGCCCUUUGUCUUCUGUGUCUGUAGUGGAGAAUCCUUUAGGUUUACAUGGGUUUUGUCUGUGUGCAUAAUGGCACCGGUAGACUACAGCCACAUUUGCCAAUUUGACCUUUCCCUCAUUAUUUUAUUCAAAGGAGAAAAAUUAUAAGGACUUUCUGUGAGACAUAUUCUUUGCUCUAAGAAAAUAAAUUUUUAUCCUUCGAUCUUCCUAGAUAAGUCGGGAAGAGGAAGGAACGAGUCGCUUACUCUUUUCCGACUUAUCUAGGGAAGAUCGAAGUGACUCUGCUAGCAGGGUAGUUUAUUCUGCAAAGUGACUCAAUAAAACCCAGUCUAUCUAUCUAUCUAUCUAUCUAUCUAUCUAUCUAUCUAUCUAUCUAUCUAUCUAUCUAUCUAUCUAUCUAUCUAUCUAUCUAUCUAUCUAUCUAUCUAUCUAUCUUUCUAUCUAUCUAUCUAUCUAUCUAUCUGUCUGUCUGUCUGUCUGUCUGUCUGUCUGUCUGUCUGUCUGUCUGUCUGUCUAUCUAUCUAUCUAUCUACUCUCUCAAGUUUUUUAUCUUGGUUUUGUCACAUUUCAGCUGUACUCUGAGACGAAGGACCCUCAUGUCAAUAUUAUCCUGGUGGACUUCAGCAGCACUGAUAUUGAUGUGGUUGCGGCGUUAAAGCGUAGCGGGUUAAAAAGGUAUGUGUUUUUAUUUUUCUUUAAUCAUGUAUACAACUUUUAGAGAGAUUUUCCACUUAACUACUUGUGUCACAAAAUAAGGAAAUAGGCUCUUAGACAGCGCUAUCUAAUCUUUUUGGCGUCGUCAACCAUCACGUUGGUUCCAAACGUGCUGGUCUGUUUCUUUCUGUCAAAGCAAUACAUGUAAACUGAGCUAACCAUUAACUAACCAUUCUUUUAUUUAGGUACAAAGUAAGAAAACUUAAAGGAGCGUUCCAAAGAGCUUUCGGUAUUCAAGUUGGCGCAGCCUUAGUAAAGGUUUGUACAAUAAUUCGCCCCUCAUUAAUAUAUAUUCACGGUGUUCUUUCCCUUGUUGAAGAACAUUGAUUUCAUGAAUUACUGGCGUUCGCGCCGGUUAUGCAGCAUAAGCAAUAGUGACCUUAAGAUACACCGUUUCUGUCUACGGGUACGGUUAGGCGAUCGUGUUGGCCGCGUAGUUAAAUAAAAGGCGACCGUUAUUUCCCAGCUGAGAUGAUGGCGUUACCGUUCUAACCGGUAGCCUACUCGUUUAUCCGGGGUUAGAGGCAAUCUAUCCUUAUUUACGGCUAUGCGUACCGGUUAUUUACCCGUACUCGUACACUGAAACGGUGUAUCUUAAGGUCUCUAAUGUUACCGAAGGUGAGUUGGCCGUUGUGCUUACUCGUGACUUUUUUUCUACCUUUUCAGAAUCCUCGUGACAUUAUAUUCAUGUGCGAUCUUCAUCUACAAAUUCCAAACAAUAUGGUUGGCAUAAUUAGAAAGGUAAGAAGUAGCCGUUAAGUUAACUUAGAAGCUUGAAAAAAGACCUGCAAUUUUAGUAUUCGACUUCCUUCGUCUACUGUAGAUUUAUUGAUUUCAUUGUUAUACUUUUUUUUAUAUGCCGGCUAUCGCUCCGUAUUUACUCGAAUAAGCGCCGCGGUUCGUAUUAAUUUCACCGCUCAAAUGUUCGAGGGUGGCGUUAAUUAGAAAGUUGGACGCGACAAAGAACUGUCUUAGCUACAGUUUUAUUAUUUUGCUCAUUAAACUAACAGAGUUUUAAAACGUCUUUUGUUGAUUUUAUCAUAUCGGGGCUUUUUCGAGGACGGCGCUAAUUUAAUUUUUUUUGUCCCAAACGCGGCGAUUUUAAGAGGGCAGCGCUUACUCGAGAAAACAACAUACAUUGCACUAACACUCAAGUGAAACAACCCAAGGCUUUGGGGUUUAGACUUGCUCCCUGUCGACCUUUCAUAAGUUCCGAUCCAGAACGAGCUCUUGACAUUGUUUAUACAUUGAAUACAGGUUUUCAUCAACUUGGCUUUUGUGUGAUUUUUUUUUGGUUUUGGUUUUCAGCAUUGUGUUCUCGGUAAGAUGGCAUUUGCUCCAAUUGUGGCCCGACUUCAUUGUGGCUUCUCACCAUCAUUACCUUAUGGUAAAUACUUUUUCUUCUUUUCUAACAACCACAGCCUAUCUUACUCUGUCGUCAUUUCUAGGAUCUCUACAAGGAAAAGAUCGCGUGUAUCCUUUGUACCAGAGGUUUUUUUCUCGCGUAUAGUGGAAUGCUUCGGUGUCGUCCGCAGGACGACAGAUCUUCGGCGGCAGGCCCAAGCAACAAGCGGUAAAGUCGUGCGGGUCACUAUAGAGACUUCACUGGAAUCCUUAAACCGCGCAUGAAAAGUCUCUUACAACUUGGUAACGCCAAACUUUAUUGCCAUGAUUACCCACUGAACUACCGACAGCCUUAGUACUAGGAUCUUUCUAGCGAAAGCAUUUCACGUGGAGCGUUGUAGGAUCUUCCUCUUGCUAGGAUUUCCUACCUGUCAGCUAGGAAGAUCCUUGUACGAGGUCAGCGAAGAACAUGUACAACCCUUUGCAUGUAAACUGAUUACAGAAAACAUAUGGCGCUAAGAUGAUCUACCUCCUAGGAUCCUCCUCCCUCCAUGUAAAAAGCCCCUAAAAUAAACUAUGUAAUCAACAACUGAAAACAAACACAUUAUGUUGUAUCUUUGUCAGCUAUGCCAGCUUAUAUUUGAUUUGCUUUGUCAGGUUUUUGGGAGCUUCAGGGUUAUGGUCUGUUUGCAAUGUAUAAAGCAGACUUUACUCGUGUGGGUGGAAUGAACUUCAAGGAAUUUCGUACCACAUGGGGAGGAGAAGACUGGGAACUACUUGAUAGGUAGGUCUGGCAUGCGUAGGCGCAACACUUGAAUUCUCCAUUUACACACCUCCCACAAUGCACCUUUUUUGCCCCCGCCCCUCCCCCAAAAAAAGUUGUGCAUAAGCAGUGUCUUCAAUUUCUCUUGGACCACUGUAAUGCCCAGGAGAAUUAAAAACAAAGGUUAUGCAAAAUUCUGGAUGGCAAACAAGGUGUAUUAUGGGAGAUGUGCAAAUGGUGAAUUUCUGAUUUCUGUGGACGAACAAAGCGUCCACUAGUGAUCUGGGAACGAGAUUAACCCAGAAAAGAAAGGGUAAGGACAGACACGCUUUCUUGUAAUGCUUUUGUUAUUGGUUGAAAGGAACUGACCAUUUUGUUUUAAUUAGGUAGCUAACAAAAGUUAAGGUUAUAUUAGUCCUUUUAUUUCCCUCCCAGUUUCCCUUGCCCUGGGAGACUCGCUCUGGGUUUUGAUGUGCCUAGUCCCUGUGCAAGAAAUCCGCCAAGAUAAACACAGCUCGUAGUUGACGUGAUGCCUACUGUUUGGCACAUUUCACUUUCUCUUGAUUGGUUGACCCGCUUUGGGUUCUUAUUUACCGACAGAAUAACCUCAGGAACUGUUAGGGGAAAUUCGUUCGUUCCAUGUAUCCAUGUAAAUUUCCCCGAGGCAAUUUCAUUUGGGGAAAAUCGGUAACACAUAAUGCCGAGGAGUUGCUUCCCCGUGGGCAAGAUCAGUUGUCGCACGGUUAGAAGAACCAACCAGCUAUUCAUCGCUUAACACGAGUUGCUUGUUUUCUCCGCUUGGUUGCUGGUGUAUAAUUUUCCAGCCUUUCUUAAAGUCGGGUGCUUUCUCGAGCUUGGGACUAAUUAAAUACAAGUUUCCCGCCCUUUUCUAACACAUGCUUCAGGUCACGUGCCCGCCACCAUUUGCAUGUUUUUGCUUUUGUUAACGAAUAUUCUGUGGACUUCUGGCUUGUGCUUACUGUAAGGUGUUUUAAAUCUAUGAACAGAGUUUUGCUCUCGAAAAUGGAGGUGGAGAGGUUGCGCGUUGCCAAGUUUUAUCAUUAUUUUCACUCGAAGAAGGGAAUGUGGGGAACAAGAAACAUGUUUAACGCACGCGGUGUGUGGCAACGUUUCGAUGAAGACACUGAAAUUAUAACUCUUUACAACGAGACGAGAGGGAAAGAAGAGGCAAAACGAAUCCCCCGGUUUUAUUGAAGUGACCUCUACAAUGUAGGCUCAAGUCGAGACUUUGAAAAUAAAUGGCAAAUGAAAUGUUGGUGUUACAUUUAGAAGAUAUAAAAUUGAGAUUUUAAUUUCAACGUAAACGUUUUAUAUCUGAGCGGUUCAAAUGCUGAUGCACGAAAAUGUUUUCAUCUGUAUCUAUGAAGACAUUUACAAUGGGACACGAUAAACUUUAUAAGAGUGUAUUAAUUAAAAAAAGUGUUGAAAAUCACAUUUUUUGAAAGCCUUAAUUUGAAAUUUUUUUGUGGCUCACAUGCCAACAUUCCCGGCGAUGGAGGUAUUGACCGGGAUGCUCGUCGGAAAAUUAAAAUUAAUCCCCCUAAGGAGACCAAUGUGGUUAUGGCUCAAGCUUGAACUGACCCCUAAUUGUCUUCUUAAUUGCCAAAUUGCACUCCACUCAGUUCAAUUACCAUUAUUUAAGGGUCUGUGAACAGGCUAGUUGCCAACUAACGCGCGAAAAUCUCGGAUUAUUGGAUUCUUAGAUGAUAACAGACGAUAUUCCUGUGUUAUUAAAGUAAUGAUUGAGAAGUCUGAGAUG